GCUGCCAGCGGGGUGGCUGCCGCCGCUGGUUGUUACCGCGGCUGGAGCAGCCGCUGCUCCUGUGCCCGGGCACCCUUCUCGGGUCCUCGACCUUCGACCCCUCGCGAGCAGUAGUGGAGAGGGGUGGCAGGAUGAAUGUGGGCACAGCACACAGCGAGGUGAACCCCAACACACGGGUUAUGAACAGCCGCGGCAUCUGGCUCUCCUAUGUGCUGGCCAUUGGACUUCUCCAUGUUGUGCUGCUGAGCAUCCCCUUCGUGAGUGUCCCUGUCGUCUGGACCCUUACCAACCUCAUCCACAACAUGGGCAUGUACAUCUUUUUGCACACGGUCAAAGGCACACCCUUCGAGACACCGGACCAGGGCAAGGCGAGAUUGCUAACCCACUGGGAGCAGAUGGACUAUGGGGUCCAGUUCACAGCCUCUCGGAAGUUCUUGACCAUCACACCCAUUGUGCUGUACUUCCUUACCAGCUUCUAUACCAAGUACGACCAGAUCCAUUUCAUCCUCAAUACUGUGUCCUUGAUGAGUGUGCUCAUCCCGAAGUUGCCCCAGCUUCAUGGGGUCCGAAUUUUUGGAAUCAAUAAGUACUGAACGUGCAGCUCCUUCCCCGGCCCUGGGAGGGAUGGAAGGAAAGCCUUUGCUGUGAUGCUGAAGACAGGAGCCUCUGGACACUGCCAGAGAUGGGGUUGUGCCCUGGGCCUGGCUCCCUCCUCGCUUCCCCAGUAGACAACUUGGAGUAGCUUGUAGUGGGGUUGGGGUGGGCCACUGGGCUCUAACCCAUUCUGAUUUUUUUGACCUUUUCCUUUUGCCUUUUGAAUAGAGACUUCAUGGGGUGGUUGUGGAAGGGGCCAGGAUUCCAAGCUGAACAUGGAUUUGUGAGGUUGGGAUAGGAAGCCUGGAAAAACUGCUCUCUUGUUUACCCUCAGGUGGCCGAAGCACUUUAACCCCUGCAAAGGGAGCUGAGGGAUGGUACAGCUUCUGGAUUGUUUCCUUUCAGUUUUCAGUCUAUAAGGUGAAAGUGUGUUUUGAUGUAAGAAAGUGAGUGUGUGAUGACACCUCAUCCUUCUGGGUAGAGAGCUUUCUGGUUCAAGGCACAGGCUUUUGGUGGCUCCUUGGGUAUGGAUUGGGAGUGACGGGGGUUAAGGAGAGGGAAGGUGGAGCCAGUGGGCAUGGCCUGAUUUCAGAAGUGUGGGGCCAGGUACUCCUGUCCCAGUUCUAGUGGAGGUUGGACAUAGUGAGUUGAGUCUUACAAGCUGCAUAGCUGCAGCCAAUGAAGAUUGCUGUAAAAAAGAUGGUUGCAGGGGAACAGAAGUUAGAACCUAACCUCCUUUGGUAUGUGAGUAGGGAGGGGAGCCAGCUUGGAAGAUGAAUUCAACUGCAGAAUGGUGAUGGUGAGAGGGAAGGGAGGCUGCUAUGGGUUUGAAGCUCCUGGGUUAUGUGACGGGGGUGGACAUGGAUAGAAGAGGCCAUGAGUCAUUGUAAGCACAGGUCUGAUUUGACACUAUCCUCUGCAGUGGUGUGAAGGGUGCUGGUGUGGGGAAACUGACAGAAAUGGAAGAAGGUAGGACCUACUGCAGCCUCUCAUCUUGUAACCUUGUGCAUACUGGCUCUGGGGCCAUGCACAUGAGGAGUUGUGAGGCUACCUCCACAUGAGGUUGGUGGCUGCAGAGUCUUCAAGGACUUCUGCCCAAGUGGGUCAGAGGGAGGAGCAAGGAGUGACUGUAGGUGCUGUCUCCUCAGCUCUAGGAGAGGUAGGGCCAGGAACCUGAGAAGAAGCUGGAGAGGAGCCUCCUUUUCCUUUCCCCAGUCCCCCUGGGAACAUGUUCCUUUGAAAAGGUAUGGCUUAAGUCCUCACCAUGGGCCUGAGGGUUGAGGGAGGUCACUUGCCCUGUUUUUUGCCUCCUGGCCUUCCACCUCUACCCCAUGUAUCAUAGGGAACUUUCACUUCACAAUCUUUCUAAGCAAAGUGUGAAUAGGAUUUUUACUCCCUUUGUACAGUAUUCUAAGAAAUGCAAAUA